UUGUUAACUUCUUGUAGUCAUUCCACAGAUUUUGAGGUGCAUAGGAACUGGCUUGCCAUAACUCAUAGCUUACCUGUCUCUCAGUGGUAUUAUGAGGCAACUUCUGAGUGGACUUUGGACUACCCUCCCUUCUUUGCCUGGUUUGAGUAUGUUCUUUCACAUGUUGCCAAGUACUUUGACAGAGAGAUGCUGGUGGUCCAAAACCUCAACUAUGCCAGCCACAAGACCAUACUGUUCCAAAGGCUUUCAGUCAUCUUUACUGAUUUGCUCUUCAUAUAUGCAGUUCAUGAGUGCUGUAAAUGUGUAAACGGAAAGCAAGGUGGAAAAGAGCCUUUGGAAAACCCUCCGUUUGUUCUUUCAGUUCUCCUCUUGUGGAACUUUGGCCUUUUAAUUGUGGACCAUAUUCACUUUCAAUAUAAUGGCUUUCUGUUCGGAUUCAUGCUUCUAUCCAUUGCACGACUAUUUCAGAAAAGGCACUUAGAAGGAGCUUUUCUCUUUGCCAUCCUCUUACAUCUCAAGCACAUCAAUCUCUACGUAGCCCCAGCAUAUGGCAUGUACCUACUCCGAUCUUACUGCUUCACUGCAAAUAAUCCAGAUGGAUCCAUCCAAUGGCGCAGGUUUAGCUUUCUUCGCUUAACUGCUCUGGGAUUAAUAGUCUGCCUUGUUACAGCAUGUUCACUGGGACCCUUUAUUGUCUGGGGUCAGCUUCCACAAGUCCUCUCUCGCCUCUUCCCUUUCAAGAGGGGCCUUUGUCAUGCAUACUGGGCUCCUAACUUCUGGGCAAUCUACAAUGCUGUAGACAAAGCUCUCUCUGUUAUUGGUCUGAAAUACAAAUUCCUCAACCCUGAAGGGAUGCCCAAGGCUGCCAUGACUGGAGGGCUGGUCCAGGAAUUUCAACACACUGUCCUUCCAUCUGUGACCCCACUGGCAACUUUAACCUGCACUGCCAUCUUUAUGCUGCCCUCUGUUUUCUGUCUUUGGUUUAAACCCCAAGGGCCCCGAGGCUUCCUGCGGUGCUUGGUUCUCUGCGCACUGACCUCCUUCAUGUUCGGCUGGCACGUUCAUGAGAAAGCAAUUCUCCUUGUCAUUCUCCCUUUGAGUUUACUGUCUGUGGAAAGGUCAAGAGAUGCUGGUGUCUAUCUAAUCCUGGCUACUACAGGACACCUUUCCCUCUUCCCCUUGCUGUUCACAGCUCCAGAAUUGCCACUUAAAAUACUGCUCAUGCUGCUUUUCACAGUGUACAGCUUUUCCUCACUGAAGGCCUUAUUCAGGAAAGAAGGGCCUCUGCUUAACUGGCUGGAAACUCUCUACCUCCUUGGUUUGCUCCCUCUUGAAAUUUUCUGUGAAAUUGUGUUUCCUUUCACGGCCUGGAUGUCGAAGUUUCCCUUCCUGCCUUUAAUUCUCAUCUCUGUGUAUUGUGCUCUGGGCAUCAUGUAUGCUUGGCUCAAACUGUACAUCUCUGUCUUCAGGGGACCAUUGACUUUCAGGCAAAAGAAAGAGUAAUAUAAUGUUUACAAAUGGACAGAGUCGACAGGGAUCCUUCCAGAAAAUGAUCCAGGGCUAAACUGAAGCAGGGUCUAACACUUGGGAUCAUUGGGCUGUACAUGUAUCAAUAUCACAUCUUGUUCCACAAAUGGCUUAUGUUUCUUUAAGGGCUUUGAAGCAAGUAAGUGGACUGCAAAAUACUCAAAGAAGUUUGGACAGUUCCUUUAUGAAAUGAGAAUCCGGGGGAAGAAACCUUGUUUACAAAAGAACUUUGAACUUUUUAAAAUUGAAUUUUUGACCUUCAAUUUGUGUGUGCCAGAUACUGGUUUUUGGGAUUUAAAUGGUUCUGUCUUUCCUUGUGAUUUGUAAGGAUUACAAUAUAUCACACUGGUCUCUAGAAAAGAAAUUGAAUUACAAUCAUGCGUAGGAAAGAGUGUAAAUAAAAUAAUUUUUAUAUAUA